CUGGAUCAGGCUUGGAGGCGAAUCAGCAGCCGCCUGCCGAGCUGGGUGAGCCAACCCAGCGCUGAGCUUGGAUCGCGGAACUUUUUCGAAGCAGACGUAGAGGCAAGAGAGCUGUUUGUGCCAUCGUCACCGGAUCUACUAACUCCUGCCACCGACCAAUCCAGUCAUUGUCGUUUCUUUCUUCUUGUUGCUCUCUAUCUUCUCUUAAUAAUCCAUUUGUUUCCACAUGGCUGCCCCAGGCCCAAUUCCUACUGGGAAGCCUUUCCCAGAUUUCGCGUCAUCGACACCUCCAUCAUCAGUAUGGGACCGAAUAACGACGUGGGCGUCAGAGAAUAAGGCCGUCGUCUACACAAUUGCUGGGGUAGCAGUCGUUGUUUCGGGAGCUGGUGUUGCAUAUUACUUGACUGAUUCAAAAACUAACACAAUCGGACGAGAAUCGCCCAAGAAGUCGAAGAAGGAGAAGAGAAGGAAGAAGGACGAAGAGAAGAAGACAGCAGAUCUCGAGAAGGGCACAGUCGAACCUAAGCCAAAGACUCCAACUGUCGAAUCAGUAGACGAACUUCCCGAGGUGGACGAGACAACUGUUGGAGAACUUUCCGAGCAGGAACGAAAAGAUUAUGCUGCGAAGUUGAAGGCUGCCGGAAACACCGCAUAUGGAGCCAAGGACUACACUAAAGCCAUUGACUUAUAUGGCAAAGCUAUCAUUUGCAAGCCCGACCCAAUUUUCUACUCCAACCGUGCUGCAUGCUUCAAUGCUCUUGGUCAAUGGGAGAAGGUCAUUGAGGAUACCACAGCCGCUAUCAACCUCGACAACGAAUACGUGAAGGCGCUGAACAGACGGGCAAAUGCAUAUGAACAUCUGGAAAAGUUCAGCGAAGCCCUCCUUGAUUUUACCGCCAGCUGCAUUAUCGACGGAUUCCGCAACGAAACCAGCGCUCAAGCUGUUGAACGUCUGCUAAAGAAGGUCGCUGAGUCCAAGGGCAAGGUGAUCCUUGCAAGCAAGGAGAAGCGUCUGCCUAGUCCAACCUUUGUCACGAACUACCUCCAAAGUUUCCGUGCUCGACCUCCGCCAGCUGGAUUGGAAUUGGAUGCCGAAAUCGAAGAAGGUACCGGAAUGGGACAAUUGCAACACGGUCUACAAGCAAUGGAGAAGAAGACUGGAGAUGGAUAUGAGGAAGCCGCAGCAGCUUUUGACAAAGCAUUGGAGCUCGGUGAGCUUGGUGACCACGAGGCCUUCGCGUACAACAUGCGCGGCACAUUCAGAUAUCUUCGUGGAGAGAACCGCGAGGCUCUUGCUGAUUUGACCAAGAGUGUUGAUCUGCAACCUGCCCUCACACAAAGUUUUAUCAAGCGUGCUAGCAUGCACCUGGAGCUAGGCGAGAAGGAUCUUGCUGCUGAGGACUUCGAGAAAGCCAUGGAACAAAACAACGAUGAUCCCGAUAUCUACUACCACCGUGCCCAAUUGCACUUUAUUCUUGGAGAAUUUGGGGAUGCCGCGAAAGAUUACCAAAAGUCCAUCGAUCUUGACAGAGACUUCAUCUUCUCCCACAUUCAACUUGGUGUUACGCAAUAUAAGAUGGGAUCUAUCGCCUCGUCGAUGGCUACUUUCCGCCGGUGCAUCAAGAAUUUCGAUAAGGUUCCAGAUGUAUACAACUACUAUGGAGAGUUGUUGCUGGAUCAGCAAAAGUACCAAGAAGCCAUUGAGAAGUUCGACACUGCAGUGGAAAUGGAGAAGCAAACCAAACCUCUGGGCAUGAAUGUUCUACCUCUCAUCAACAAGGCCCUCGCACUAUUCCAAUGGAAGCAGGAUUUCGCCGAGGCCGAGAAGCUUUGCCAAAAGGCGCUCAUCAUCGACCCCGAGUGCGACAUUGCCGUUGCAACCAUGGCACAACUCUUGCUUCAACAAGGCAAGGUCACAGAAGCGCUGAAAUAUUUUGAGCGAGCCGCCGAACUUUCAAGAACCGAGGGCGAGAUUGUCAAUGCCCUGUCAUACGCAGAGGCUACACGAACACAGCUCGAGGUACAAGAAAAGUACCCAAGACUCGCCAACAAGCUGCAAGGCAUGGGGGGUGGUCUGGGAGCACCACCUGUCCGCUAAAAAACUUGACAGUGGAGGUUUUGUAAGGAUUUUGAUUCCCGUUUGGGGAUAGAGGGAGGAAUAGGUGCAUUUUGAUUAUGCGCGGUACGAUUAGGAAGGAAGGAGCUGAGCUGGGCGGUUGUGGAUAACCGAUACAACCUUUUGUUCGUUCAUAUGUAACUAAUACUCCACUCGAGGUAAGAGUGUGUAGAGU